UCCAGAUUUUCAGUUACUCAUCGGCAGUCCCACCAGUUACACCUCUUAGGAAGGUAAGCUUCACCUCAGUCCAGCUCCAACAUUUGUAUCUCUUUCAGUGCGCGUUCGCGGCAUGGUUCUGAAAAACUGACUAAAAGAUAGAAUACCCAUAGUAGAAAAUGAAGCUUAUUUUUGUGGCAGCCUUCUUGCUUGGGACUGCUCUAGAGAGAGGAGUGACUGGUUCGGUGGCGCCGAAAAAUGCAGAUUGGUGGGAAAACACAGUAUUCUACCAGAUUUACCCUCGCUCGUUCAAAGACAGCGACGGAGAUGGAAUCGGCGAUAUCAAAGGGGUAGCGGAGAAGGUAGAAUACCUUAAAGACCUCGGGAUCGGAGCUGUCUGGCUGUCCCCAGUUUUCAAGUCGCCCAUGGUGGACUUCGGAUACGAUAUCUCUGACUACAGAGAUAUCUCCCCCAUAUUCGGCACCAUGGCUGAUUUUGACGCCUUGGCAGCUAGACUCAAACAAGCCGGGUUGAAACUCAUCGUAGACUUUGUGCCAAACCAUUCGAGCGAUCAGCACGAAUGGUUUCAAAAGUCUAUCAGCAAGGAGGACCCUUACACUGACUACUACGUCUGGCAUGAUGGCAAAAUAAAUGAAAAUGGAACCAGAGUACCUCCCUCUAACUGGGUUUCAAACUUUGGAGGAUCUGCUUGGACUUGGAAUGAAAAUCGUCAACAGUAUUAUCUCCAUCAGUUCGGCUGGCAACAACCUGACUUGAACUUCAGGAACCCUAAUGUCGUCAGAGAAAUGAAGGAUAUCCUGAAAUUCUGGAUCGACAAAGGCGUGGAUGGAUUCCGGAUGGACGCCGUGUCUCACAUGUUCGAGGACCAAGAGCUCCGUGACGAAUCGCCGAGAGCAGGAGUCGAGGAAACGGACACCCUUCCCGAUGAGUUCACCUACCACGAUCACAUCUACAUGCUCAACCAACCUGAGUCCUACGCCAUGGUCCGCGAGUGGCGAGUCAUGUUCGAUGAACUUCGCCAGAAAGAUGGAAUCCAGAGGAUUAUUAUGACAGAAAUUCAACACAACUCAACGAUUCAGAAAACAGUGGCAUACUACGGAAACGAAUCGUUUCCCUUAGCUCACGUCCCAUUCAACUUCAAGUUGUUUCACCUAAACCGAGAUUCGAACGCAAACGACUUCAUCAACAUGCACAAAUUCUGGCUAGACAACAUGCCAAAAGCGAAGGGAAUGGUCGCCAACUGGAUCUGGGGUAAUCAUGAUAACGAGAGACCAGCAAGCAGAUUCUACAGGGAGCUGAUUGAUGGAAUCAAUAUGCUAGGUUUAUUGGUUCCUGGUGUGGCUAUCGUCUACAACGGCGAUGAAAUUGGCAUGACAGACACCUAUAUCCGAUGGGACCAAACUAUCGACCCGAUGGCUUUCAAAGCCGGACCCACUAGAUACCGUAAAUGGUCACGAGAUGGAUGCAGAACUCCAUUCCAAUGGGAUACAUCAGUUUCAGCAGGCUUCUCCACUCACUCCAAGACCCAACUUCCCGUGAAUCCGAAUUAUUGGGUUUUAAAUGCAAAACAACAAAUGGAGGACCGCUAUAGUAACCUCAAAGUUUUCAAGAAAUUGGUGGAGCUCAAGAAAAAGCAAACUUUCAAGAAAGGAGAUUAUCAGUUCUAUGCCUUGACUGACUGGCUCCUUGCAUUCACCAGGAAAUUGGAUGGUUUUUCGACGUACGCAGUUGUCAUAAACUUGGGUAGUGACCUCACCACGACGAAAGGUCUAGCAGAAGCGGCGGGACUUCCAUCAAAUCUCACUGUGAUCGUGCCUAGCGUGAACUCAGGAUUCGAGAGUGGGCAAGUAGUGGAGACGGACAACGUUCUGCUGCGACCCAAGGCCUCGCUUGUCCUCUCGACGGGAGGCGGUCUGUCAACCCUCGGCGUCAAGAACAACCCUCACGUUGUCAACGUCCACAGCUCCCAACCCUGCGAUCACGGACUCCGAUCCAGUGGGCUCCGAGCUCAGGCGCGCUGGCCCUUAUGACUAACCGUGGCCCUGGUGUUCCUCCAAGCCCUCGUCGCGAACACUAGGUGGCCUUAAUAGACGAACCCGGACUCCCCGAAACUACAAAAAUAAGGAUAAACGGAAGUACAGAAAGCAAACGGCGUCGUUAAACGACACCUGGACUACAUUUUGCAAUUAGGAACUAUAAAUUCCGUCCCGUUUUAAAAAACAACGUAUGUGCCAUUAGUUUCCCAAUGCUCAUAAGUGUUUUUCAGAUGAGCCAGAAUUUAUAGCUCCAAAUUGCAAAAUGCAGUCCAACUGAAGUAGAGCCCAUCCACGGCGAGCAGGGUCAUCGGCGCACAGAGGAUCGAGUUUAUGGAAAGGGUUGGACAUGAAAUUUUUAGAUAAAAUUUCAAAUUUGUAUGCUUAUUUCGUCACAAAUUCAAUUCUAACGGGCGUCUCUGCGAGGAGAUUCCACGAAACAACCAGUGGCAGCACUCUCGAACAUUUUUCUUCCAUAGUUCCGAAAAUAUAAGCUUUCAAUGUUUCCAGAUUUUGUCCAGCCCCUCCUUUUGACUCGUUUCAGUGUGCGGCGUGGCCAGAACAAUUUUCUGGAGUUGACCUGGCCCCCUCUCUUCCAGGAGUAGUCCAAGUUUUCCCAGUGCUUGGGGUGGUUUCAAAGGCUCUCCCCAGGAAUUUUUUUAAAAAUUGAUCUCUCUUAUAGAUGCAUUUUGAGGCUACGCUAUACCCUCACGCACAAUUAAAACAUUUGCGAACUUAAGAUUCUUUACCAACAAUCCUCGGCUCCUUUGUCUUAGAUCAUAAUGUAAUGAAGCGAGGAAAUGUACUAGUUUUGAGGCUAUUUGCCAUUGUGCAGAUUUUUUACAGGAGGCCAAAUGAUACCAUUUCAAAUUCUGGGGGAGCCAGGCCUAUUCUGGCCCUUUCAGAGCUACGCUCACAAAAGUGGUCAAACUAUCAGGGCCGUGACUUCGAUGGCCAAAACGGCAGAACGCCUUUUUGUGGUGUACCAUCUCUCCUCCUCCAAUGGCUCAAUCUUAAAGUGCAAUUUGCCACCCUCUUUCAAGAAAACCCUCCCCGUCCACCUUUAUAAUCUUAAUUACGGCCCAGCAAACUAAUUUUUCCAACGUAUUAACUCAAUACCAGUCUCCAUCGAUAAAAAUUAUGGUUAAUUUUCGAAGUGACUAUUCAAAUAGUAUCAACUACUUGUAACCAGUAGUCUCGGUGCUUUAGCCGUACUAAUAACUUAGAAUGAUUACCCUAUAUAGUCACAGCCACAACGAACAUUUAUGUUAAACUGUAUGAACCUCAAACUUUUUUCAAUGUCGGUUGGUUUUAUCAUGAGCACUAGUAUCAAAUUUUAGCCUUUUGACGUUAUGCAUUGACCUGUUUAUUGACUAUCAAAUUGAUUGUGAUGUCUAAUUGGUUCAUUUCUUUUCAGCUUGACUCUUGCUGAACCAAAAGAAAAAACAGAUACUUUUAUCGACUUUACUCGACUGAAAGCCUUUGCAAAACUUCCUAUAAAACAUUGUAAAAGUGUUGUGGUUUUUACCCCUUAUUUUAAGUAUUGGCUCAGAGUUUAAGUGAUUUUGUCAAGAUACACUCGUUCCCAAAUUUAUGAAACAUGCUAUAUUUAUGAAAGGGCAAAUUCGAGCUAAUAGAAAAUCUAGGACCAUGCAGGACUUAUGUCGACUUAUGUUAUGCGGUCUCUCGGUUAUUUUGUUUUCUCUAAAUAUAAAAAAGAAAAUCAAACAAUUUACCAUCUUCAUCCAGGAUUUUGUAGGUUUUAGUGUCAUAGAAAAAUUUAAUGGAAGUCCCUGAUUUUCGGUAAACUUUUGCCGAUCAGGCACCGGUGUGAGGAAGAAGACUUCAUGAAUAUAAAAUAAAAAAUAAUAUACCUCUCAUCACACAUUUCCUUAAUUUUUUAUUUAUUUUUUAUCUAAAUUUAUUUAUAACUACGUAAACAAGUCAGUGAAAUAGGGGAUUUAGGAUUAAUGGUUAAUAUUAACUCAACUGUAUUUUACCGUACAAAAACAUGGGUUUUGCGUCGUUUGCUACGUAAGUAAAAACUCCAAAACGCGUUGAAUUUAUUCUAUAACUUUUGGUGUUUCCCAUGGUGAAAAAUUCAGACCCUGAUAACUAUGUAAGAAGCGAAAUAGUCCUUCUUUGAUUAUUUUAUCGUAAAUCUUCUUUUUUCUGAUCUUAUCGCGUAUUUUUUUUUUUUCAUUCAUCUUUCCUUUUGUGGAAAUGUGGAGUUUUCAAAUAGUUGCACGAACUUUCCUCCCAUUCUGUAAAAAUGUGUAACUUUUUCUUGUAAUUAUUCCCCUUCCAUUUCAAUUGACUAUAAGUCUCAGCUGUAGUCGAUGUGAAAAACUUUAACUGAUGGAACUUGAAUUUGAAACUUUUAAUCAUCGAGUAGGAUAGAGAUAUUAGACCCUAAUUUCAUUUAAGCUGAUUUAGUAAGUUUUUAAACUGAAAAAGGUUCAUCUGAUUUUCGUUGGUCUCAACAAUCUGAUUUGGAAAGAUCAUUGGGAGGAAGAAAAAAAUGGUUAUUUUUUACGUGAGAACAUUAAUAAUUGUAGCGUUGUUCUAUUCCUCAUUAGAACAAAUUCGAUUAUUUCUACUUAAAAAAGACGUAUUUUUAAAAGAAAUUAAACCUACCUACCUAAUUAAAUUUACCUACUGUAAAAUAAUGUGGCCAUUCAAGCCUGUAUAUGAACUUUACUGAGAUAUGUUAUCAGAAAAUAAAAAGUAUAAGGAAAUUAAUAUAUAUGUUUGAAAAUCUACUUGUACCUCCUCAAAGAGAAAGGUCAUGAUUUUUAGGUCCUUACUUUGAAAGUUCUGUCAUUAAUUAAAUGCCGUAUAUUAAGAUGAAAAUAUUUGCCCUGUCUUAUAUCAUGGGGCUCUUAAUUAUAUUCAUAUAUCAUGUUCAUUUUAAUGAGUUUUUUUCCUGUAAAAUUCAUUGAAAUUGAAUGUGUAAGUGUACCAUAAUUAAAAUAGAUUGAUUCAUAACUGAUCAAUUGAACCUGGGUGAAAUUUAUUUUGUGUUUGAUACGAAUGCGUGUGUGUUUGUGUGAGUGUUUUUUUCUUACUCCAUCUGCUUGUUUUAUUUUUAUUUCUUCAUUGAGGUUUCAAUUUACAAACCCUAAUUUAUUUAAUUAUUUAUUCGCGUAUUAAUUAAAUUGUAAAUUUUCUGUGUAUAAUUUUAGUUGUUGUAUAUUUUUUCGUUUUAUUAGUAGUUGUCUAUUUUAAAGGGCGUCCUCGAAAAACAUAAUUUGUAAAGAACGUUACUUAGUUUAAGUGUAGGAACCUGAAAAAUGUUCUAUUCGUUUGAGCUAAUGUUGUGUAAAUAAUUUUUUUCUUUCUUAAAA